AUGGGUAGAGUUAUUAGAAACCAAAGAAAGGGUGCUGGUUCUAUCUUCACCUCUCACACCAGAUUGAGACAAGGUGCUGCCAAGUUGAGAAACUUGGAUUACGCUGAACGUCACGGUUACAUUCGUGGUGUUGUCAAGCAAAUCAUCCACGAUGCUGGUAGAGGUGCUCCUUUGGCCAAGGUUGUCUUCCGUGACCCAUACAAGUACAAGUUGCGUGAAGAAACUUUCAUUGCCAACGAAGGUCUACACACCGGUCAAUUCAUCUACGCUGGUAAGAAGGCUUCUUUGAACGUUGGUAACGUUUUGCCAUUGGGUUCCGUCCCAGAAGGUACCAUCAUCUCUAACGUCGAAGAAAGACCAGGUGACAGAGGUGCUUUGGCUAGAGCUUCUGGUAACUACGUUAUCGUUAUCGGUCACAACCCAGAAGACAACAAGACUAGAGUUAGAUUACCAUCUGGUGCUAAGAAGAUCAUCUCUUCUGAUGCCAGAGGUGUCAUCGGUGUUGUUGCCGGUGGUGGUAGAAUCGACAAGCCAUUGUUGAAGGCUGGUCGUGCUUUCCACAAGUACAAGGUUAAGAGAAACUCUUGGCCAAAGACUCGUGGUGUUGCCAUGAACCCUGUUGAUCACCCUCACGGUGGUGGUAACCAUCAACAUAUUGGUAAGGCUUCUACCAUCUCCAGAGGUGCUGUUUCUGGUCAAAAGGCUGGUUUGAUCGCUGCCAGAAGAACUGGUUUGUUACGUGGUUCUCAAAAGACUCAAGAUUAG